UGUCGACCAUAUUCUCCUGAAUAUUAUCCAUGAUGGGGGAACCCCAUUCUGCUGCUAUACAGCUGGUUGAUCAGCUGGAAGGUCAUGAUGAUCGCGCUUGGCAUGUUGCGUGGAAUCCCAAGCGACCAAUACUAGCAUCAUGUUCGGCGGACAAGACAGUACGGAUGUAUCACUACCACUCGAAAUCAACAACAGAAGAAGGGGGCAGUGAACUGGUGUUUGCGCACAGCACCACCAUUCCGACGGGUCACGCGAAGACAGUCCGCGCGAUCGCGUGGUCGCCGUCAGGGAAGACGCUUGCUACGGCGUCCUUCGACUCGAACAUCGGAAUAUGGGCACAGGACGAAGAUGAAAAUGCAGGUGAUACCACAGGAGGGGACGCUGAAUGGGAAUGCAUGAGCCUGUUGGAGGGCCAUGAGACAGAAUGCAAGAGUAUCGCAUAUUCGGCGGGAGGGAACUUGUUGGCGAGUUGUAGCAGAGACAAGACAGUAUGGGUCUGGGAAGUACACCCAGACUAUGAUUUCGAAUGCAUGGGCGUCCUGAUGGAGCAUUCCCAAGACGUGAAAUGCAUCGCCUGGCAUCCCACAGAGGAGAUUCUCGCAUCGGCGUCUUACGACGACACCAUAAAGCUCUACCUAGAUGACCCUUCGGAGGACUGGUAUUGCUUCGCGACGCUCAGCGGACACGAAUCUACCGUGUGGUCGCUCGCGUUCUCACCCGACGGCCGGUUCCUUGCAUCGAGCUCGGAGGACUUGACGGUGCGCAUCUGGGAGUGUGUGCAGGAGCACAAGUGGGAGUGCGUCAAGGUGCUAGAGGGGCAUGAGCGCAGUGUUUACUCCGUCAGCUGGGGAAAGGGCAAAGGCACUGGCGAUGGUUCGCUUGGCUGGCUGGCGAGCACGGGCGGCGAUGGGCUUAUUCUCGUAUGGGAGUUGAGCGUUGCAUCUCCUGCCCAAGGUGGUGGAAAGAGUACGCUCUCGGAAAAAACAAUUGCACGUCUGCCCUCUGCACACGAUGUCGCGGAUGUCAAUAGCAUCGUAUGGUGCCCAAGAGAAGGAUACGAGGACAUGUUUUCGACAGCGGGUGACGAUGGAAUAGUGAAGGUAUGGCAGGUGAAGCCCAACUGAAGCAACUGUACCACAAUCCAUAGUAGCAAUAGACUGAAUUAGGCACGAUAUGUAUCGAUAGAACACAAAUUCGCAGCUGCACACAUCCUCUCAAUGAUGAGCGAUAGUUGCCGGCUAGCACAAGCCAACACUCAGACUGU